UGAAGGUCUAGAACGGAGAUGAAGACAUGUCAAUGGUUUUUUUCACUCUGAAAUAGCUGAGUCGUGGUUUUCUCUAAAAAUACUUUCCGCGCUUGAACCCCAAGAUGGCAACAUUAGCGUCUCCCGAAGCAGGUCCUGGCGCAACCACCUCUGGUCCGCACUGCAAGCUCAAGCUCUCCCUCUGGGGUUUUGAAUCACGCUCGUCCGGAAUCCGGGCAUUGCGCAUCGUUCGCACUAACGAUAACAGCGACCACAAGACACGCGCCGAAACAAGUGCAGCCGUGGAUGAAGAAAAAAAUGGAAGACGUCAAGAUGCCCCCGCUAGUUGUGCCGCGCUCCUGGCUUCCAUAAAUCUUCCUGCCGCGGCCGCCACCACGGACUGGCGCUCCCGCGCAACACCGCUCGCAAGGAGCACGAUUGUGGUCGAAAUGUUGGCGAACGCGAAGAACCGUGAUGCAUUUUGUGAUGUGAACGAAGAACAAGUAGAUGGGCAUCAAACCUCCAGUUGUAACGACGCACAUUCCACAUUGCGCGACGAAGUCUGGCGGCUGGAGCUUUUUGAGCACGAACUGCCAAUACAACCACGAGAAGAUGCUGGUGCAGCCGGAAUAGAAGAGUCGUCACAUGCCGCCCCGGUGUGCUCGUCUGCUCACGGAGAAGAAAAAUCAAACCCUAAAUACACGAUGCUUUUCCCGCUCUCCGCCUGUAAGGACCUGUUUCGCAGCAAUCCGGAUAGCGUCGAUCAAGACCGGAAAUGGCGGGGGCUGGUGCCGUUCGCAGAGACCGAGCAAGUAGCGAAGAUGAACGCGGGGGCUCCGGAGGAGGCAGAGACCUUCCUGACGCAAGUGGUCGCUGGAAAUCUCGGGAAACAGAAGCUAGACAUGGAAAUUCGUAUUUUUAUACUGAAGAGCUUUAAGUAUUAUCAUGAUCAUUAUGAUCAGUUGGCGUGAAGAUGAUUUUUGUUCUGGUUUUGCAAAAAUUUUAUGCACGACCACGAGGUGGAUGUGGAGGAGUAGCAGAAAAUCAAAAUAUUUUGUGUGUCUAUUCAGACGAAAGCGGAAUCGCUAUCGUUGCUCCAAGAAAAGUACUGUGCUUUUCAUAUACAGAUCUUCUCGAAUGGUCCACCGGCGCCGUUGUGGACGAACCGUUCGUCCCCAGCUACGUGGAGCCCGAAGAAGCGCAGCUAGAUCGGGGAAGGGACUUGUAUUCGGUAUUGCUGUCGCUUCAGCAGGAUGAACAUGAAGCCGAACCCGAACUCGACCCAGGGUUAAAAAGACAGGAGGAAGCAGGAAUAAUAGCACAACCAGCUCCUCCACCUGUGGCUGCAGCUCAACAAAAAGGAUUUCUGUAUAACAUGAUGCACAUGAACCUUCACAUUGGCGCAAGUAAUUGACAGACAUCAACAACUUCUGAAUUAAUAUUUC